CUUAGUUUCGCUGGUAAAAGAUAUUGCCCUAAUGAACCCUCAAUCCCAAGCACUUUUCUUUCAGCUUUCGCUAGAUUGAGAGAACUUGUUAAAGAGAAGGAUUUCAUGGCAUGACAUUUCCUUCUCUAAUACUGUUCCAGAACACGCCGAUCUGUCACUUCAUGCCUUUGAUUCUUUGCCUGCAGAAGCACUGAAGUUCUUCUCUGGGCAAUUGGUGUAUACUGGAUAAUGAGCUAAACGUGUUGCAGCAAGAAUAUGAGACACAAGUGAGAUGAUCACCAGCUCAAGAGAAAAGAAAAGUGCUUUUCAAGCCAAGGAAGUAGGAGAGAAAGGCUGUAGUCAGAUCUCAAAGGUGGCGCCGUCAAGUUCAAGUCGUUGGUCAUUGGAACUUCGGAAUAAUCCAAGGGUUGUUCGCAUCCCACGCACUUUUGGAGGUAAAGACAGGCACAGCAAAGUCCGCACUGUAAGGGGUUUGAGGGAUCGGCGAAUUAGGCUUUCUGCACCGGCUGCGGUUCAGUUGUAUUACCUUCAAGAUAUUCUAGGUCUGACCCAACCGAGUAAGGUGAUAGAUUGGUUGAUUGAGGCUGCGAGGCAUGACAUCGAAAAGCUUCCACCUCUCCAAAUUCCUCAAGGAUUCAGCGAAGUGAUCAACCAACAAUUGUUGUUUCCUCCGGAAUCAAUUAACUUCUUUGAUGCAAGUCUUCCAUUCACAAAGCAUGGACUAAUUAGUCCUAGUCUCACAUUACUAGCUGGCAGCGCGAAAAUGGAGGUCAAUGAGGAUUGUGUUUGGAGCGCAGAUGAUAGAACAAGGCUGAAGUCAAAGUACUAUUGGGAUGGGAUCUCAAAGUUGAGUGAAAGAAGCAACGAGUUUGAAAGAGGGUGCUUUUCCGAUAAGAGCAAGCAGAUCGAUCUGAAUGUUCGAGAAAACCAAGAAGAUAUCAGUUCCUCUGGAACUGGGCUGGUCUCAGAUCAAAAUCUCCUUCCAAUUGGCCUGCUGAACAAUACCAUUGGAUACCGGCACUAUAUUCCUGGUCUCAAUUCGGAGGAUCAAUUUAUUCUCAGUCCAUCUAACAUGACAGGCCCUUCUUCGAUUCCUUCAUGUUCACCGUGUUGGACUGGUGCUGGUCCUAUUGAUAAUGAACACAGAAAAGUGAACCAUUUCCCUUUGUUCAACUCAGGCUCACAAUUGCCUAGCUUCACCCCGGCUUCGCUUAAACUUUAUUAUGAUGCCCUUGAGACCAAAUAUUCUCUUCUUUCUCGAGAUGAAAGCCAGGCAAAUGACAACAAUGGUAACUGUUGAAGUUAAGUGUUUGGAUUCUCAUGUCUUUUGAUUGAUAUAUUUACUCGGAUAAUGUUUCUUCAGCUUUUUGUUGCAGUUCUUCUAUGGGAAGCACGCACUUUAAGCAUAGAUUUGGCAAGCCUGUUUUUGCAAAUUAAUUUUGUGUACUGCAGUCAAGACUGCAGUUUAAGCAGAAAUUAAAAGAUGUGCUAUUGUAAUAAUUUCAAUCCAAAUAAGUCAAUCAGUUCAAGUGUUUUUUUUUUUUUAAUAUAUUAUUUAUUAGUAUCCGGAUCAGCUGGAACUUUCAGUUGUUGCAUUUAAUAUCUCUAGUUCCAUGUAAGCCUUUUUCUCCACGAGGGAUGGUAA